AUGAUUGUAACUCUGGCGAACAUCGUGCAACGGUUUGGUAGUCGCGUUCGUGAAGCCCUCGCGACUGCAUCUGAAGGUAUUUCAAAUGUUUUCGCAGAUUAUGAACAAGUUUCAAAAUUUAAGACUCCAGUUGAAUCGAUGUCUCGUUUUAUAAAAGAAAUGAAGCACAAAGGUAUGGCAGGUUUGUCUUCCGAAUAUCAUCGAAUCGACAAUUCUGAUUCACUCUCUGGAACGUGUAAAGCGUUCACUUCGAAUAUGAGUAAAAACCGGUAUUCAGAUGUAUUAUGCUUAGAUGAAACUCGUGUGCAGUUAAAAUUUGGUCCUAAUUCAGCUGGAGAUUAUAUUCACGCCAAUCAUGUUGUAUUCCCAGAAUUACAAAAUAAAUUUAUUUGUACACAGGGCCCUCUUCAUUCCACCAUAGAUGAUUUUUGGAGGAUGGUUUUUCAAGAACGUGCUGAAACAAUUCUCAUGUUAUGCAGACCUUCUGAAGAUGGUAAAGCUAAAUGUGCUUUAUAUUGGCCAGAAUCUGGUGAAAAAUUGAAACUUAAUAGCGUAAUAAUAGAAAAUAUCGGUGAAGAGAAAACUGAUUUUGAUACAACAAUCUUCAAAGUCAAUCUUAGUGAAAUUUAUAAAGGCAUUCCAAAUAUCAGCAAUGAUGCCCUCAUCGUAAAACAACAUCGAUGGAUUACUUGGCCUGAUCGUGGAAUUCCAUCUCAUGAAAGUGCAAUGGUUCCACUGAAGCUACUAUCUUGUGUAAGGAACACCAGUGGUCCAUGUAUAGUUCAUUGUUCGGCAGGAAUAGGAAGAACUGGUUCUGUAAUUGCAAUAGAAUUAGGUAUCCGGCGUUUUCAUGCAGGGAGGAGAGUAGAUCUAAUAACAAUUGUGGAAGAUCUUCGACGAAAAAGGGCUCAGUGUAUUCAAAAUGAAGUUCAAUAUUUGUAUGUUGGUCGUGUGCUUGUUGAAUAUGCUUUAGUUUCUGAGGAAAAUUUGCCUAUCGAUGUUCGUCAUUGCGCAGAGGAAUUUCUUAAAGAGUAUGACAGUAAAAUAAAGAAUACUGUUUGA